UGACCAACCAGCAACGCUUGCAUCUUGGAUUUGUUUUUUGAGAAUUUAGUCGAGAAAACUGUAUAAAAAACUUGCUGAUUGUCCAUCAAUUAGCCAUGUCCACCGAUCCCGAGCCAGUGGCUAGCGAGUGCGGCAAGUGCGGCAAGCCUAGCGUCCAGGAGAGCACCAGCCCCGAUGCGGAAUCGGAAGGCAACGACGAAAGCCAGGCUGCGACGGCUUCUACACCUCCUCUGCCAUCGUGCUGCUGCUCCCAGGAGGACGAGGUAGAGGCGGCCUUAAAGCGCGACUCCACCGAGGAGGUGCUCAUGGAUAUAGACAACGAUUUGACCACUAAUGAGCGGAUGCCGACUGUGGACGAGCUGGAGUUGGAGCAGCCUACAGCCAAGCCCAAGCUGAAGCCCAUGGAGGUUGUAAAGAAGGAAAACGAAGAAAAAUUGCUGGUGGAGCCAGAAGAAAAGCAGCCCUUAUCCGAGGAGCCGCCAACGAGGGCUCCCCCCAGUCCGACAGCCAUUAAAAUCGAAGAGGAGGAGGAGCAGGAGAAACGCAAGGAAAAGCAACAGCAGAUGCAGGAACAGCAGCUGCAGUCUCCGGAGGAAAUGCCGCCCAGCUCACCGGAGGCGCCGCCAAAUCCCAGCCAGCGUGUUGGCAAGAUAACGCGCAGCAGCCUAAAUGGCAACCAGUCUUCCGCAAGAACUCCGGCCAUUAUGAAGCGUCUGCGGAAGAGCACACGCUUCAAGGCGAAACCAACAGGCGGCCGUGGUAAUUCCGCCUCCGGGAACAGCAGCCAGGCUAAUGGGCACAACAAUGGUCCCAAUAAUGGGGCCUCCGGCAGCUCUACACAUCUCGCAAGCGCCGGUGCCCAUCCGAGUAAUACUAACAAGCACGGCAAAUCGGGACCGGGUGGGCCCGGCGGCGGUUCUCCGGCCGCACGCAAUCGACGGGCACUGUUUAAGAGACCGGCCCAAAAGACGCCCAAAGUGCAGGCCAGCACGAGAUUCGUGAAAAGCGUCUUUUACAAGGGCAGCUACAUGCAGAUUGGUGAUAUUGUGAGCAUCGUAGACGGGGAACAGAAUCUGUACUAUGCCCAGAUCCGGGGACUCUUGGUGGACGCCUAUUGCGAGAAAUCGGCCUUCCUCACCUGGCUGAUACCAACGCAGGACAGCCCGGAUCCGCAGGAGGGCUUUGAUCCGGCCACCUACCUAAUAGGGCCCGAUGAGGAGCUCUCGCGCAAGCUCUGCUACCUGGAGUUCGUGAUGCAUGCGCCCAGCAACUACUAUUUCGACCGGAGCACGCCCUUCCCGCUACCAGAUGCGGACGAGUAUACUGCCCAGAGAUCGGGUGGGUUUAUUUGGACGCGGUUACCGGUGGUGAAGCGGGAGAAGGGGGAUCGGGAGAGAGAGACGCGGGGUCGGGACUCGGCCAGCAAGGCAAGUGGAACCUCCUAGCAGGAAGGGGGAAUGGGCAUGGGUUCCAGUGGGAAGAAGAAGAAGAAAAAGUCCAGGGCCAGAGUGCUGAAUUUGAAUAAUCUAAUUUAUUGAGUGGAAUGAAACGAAAAAGAAAAUAUAGAAAACAAAGUAUAAAAGUGUGUAAAGUGAAAACAAAUGUUUUAUUUUCAAACCUGUAUUGUACGCUAUAGAUCCCUCUUCACAUUCUUUAAGAAAACAAUGUUUUCCGUGAAAA